AUGGAACCAAAUCUCAUGCAUCAGGGGGUGCUGAGGGAGCGAGCCAAUGUCAUUGCAAAGCCACUAGCUCUCAUCUUUGAGAGGUCGGAACAAUCAAGGGAGCUUCCUGGCAAAUCUCACACCCAGCUUCAAGUCGAGCAAGAAGGAGGAUCUGGGGAGCUACAGAGGCUGGUGUUAGUGUCUGUCCAAUCCCUAAUACUGGUAGCAGAACCAUAUUUUAAUGAACCAGGUUAUGAACGAUCAAGAGGCACUCCGAGCGGUACCCAGAGCUCCAGAGAAUAUGAUGGAAAUAUACGACAGGCAACAGUCAAGUGGGCAAUGCUUGAACAAAUCAGAAAUCCAUCGCCAUGUUUUAAGGAGGUCAUCCACAAACAUUUUUACUUGAAAAGAGUGGAGAUCAUGGCUCAGUGUGAGGAGUGGAUAGCAGACAUACAGCAGUACAGCAGUGACAAACGGGUAGGCAGGACUAUGUCCCACCAUGCAGCAGCUCUAAAGCGUCAUACAGCUCAGUUGCGGGAAGAACUUCUAAAACUUCCCUGUCCUGAAGGAUUGGAUCCAGACACUGAUGACUCCACAGAAAAAUGCAGUGCCACAACGAGUUCAGAAGAGACUAUGUUGCACGAACAGGUUAAACCCAGCAGCAGUAAAGAUAUUCCCACUGAUUUCAAGUUAUGAGUUGCAUUGACAUGGACUUUCUAGACACAAAGGCUUUGAAGCACAAGCCAAAUAUGUCAAUAUUUGUAUGUAAGAAGCUAAUUAUGUAAUAGGUAAUGAAAUUGAAACUAUACUAUGCCCUUAAGGAUAUACAGUUUAAUUCAAGAUGAUCUUUUAUUUACCUGUACAAGAGUGUAAACUUUUUUGUGCUUUUAUUUUUCAAUUGUGAGAACCACUGAUUGGUAUGUUUAAAAAGUUAUGUAUACAAGAAAUGGAUAAAUCACUGCUAUAUAAGGGAAACUACCUUAGGAAAGAAUGUUUACUGAAUGUUUAUUAUUUUUUUUUACUUGUAGAGUGAGGGCGGUUGUAACAAAGAAUAUAUAUUGGUCAUUCUUACAGCUACUAUUUAAAGUCAGAAAAUUUUCACUGAAUUUGAUAGAUUUUACGUUUGGCCAUAUAUUCAUGCUCAUAUUUGAUUCUAAAGAAAACCUCCUGUAUACUUCAAUAAACGUUAAAUGGACAUGAUUCCUCUUUUAUGAUUUACUGGUACAUUUUUAAAAUAAACUGCCAUAAAAUACGUUCUAGCCGAAGACUUGCACUUGUAUGACUGAAUUCAUUACAGUCAACAUAUUUAAUUUUAUGCUUACUAAUUCUAAAAUGCAGAUGAAAUAAAUGCACAUGGUUUUACCUCAUG